AUGGACGAAAUAGGGCUUCACUGGCAUGACUAUAGCGUCAGUCAUUGGAGGGAUAUGGACAUUCACGUAUCCUGGCCUAAAAACUUCGGUCCAACUCCAUCCAGUAGUUCGAGCGGCCACGAUCUGUUGGUUCUGAUGGACCAGAACGAUGUCUCCGAUCCGAAUUUUGUUUCCAAAAUGGCAAUCGUGACAACUGACAUGGGUUACAUCCGAAUGCAUCGAUUCUCCACGAAAAACCAUCUGAAGGCAAAAAAGGAAUUCAAGGGACAAAUCGCAGAGGACCUUGCGGUAUAUCAUGAGGAAGAAAUGAAGUAUACCGAAGUUCGUGAUUCUCCGGGAAAAGUGCUUCCUUCACCCCCAUUGUCGUCGGAAAUGGAAGUUGGGGAAACCGAAAAAUCAGAAGUCGGAGCUGAAAUCAAGAUCAUGGAAACGAUUCAUGGAGAAGGAACGAAAACCGGAGACAAGCUCGACGCAGUUCCACCACAAUCUGCGGGACCUGAAGCACAACUUAUGGAAAAGAUGGCCCUGCAAACAUCUGCUCAUCAGCUCGAAGUCGACGAGCUUAGAAAAGAGCUGGAAAUAGCUCAAAAAGAAAGAUUCAGAUAUCAAGAGAUGUGGAUGAAAGAGAAACAGGAGAUGCGUGAACUACUUGUGGAAAACGUAAAAGAUUUUUCAAAAAUGAACACCGAAUGCAAAAAACUGAAGGUCGAUAUGAGAGAAUCGAAUCGUGAAAAAGCCAGAUUGGAAAAGCUGGUAAACAGCCACUCCUCCUUCAUCGAAAAACAGAAGGCCACAAUCCGUCGACUUCGUGAAAAAUUGGAAAAGAAGCGCUUGGAGGAGAAAUUCGGCCACCACCGUUUGGUCCAGACGUAA